AUGUCAGCUACAUUAACCAAUCAGGAGCGAGAACAAGGACCAUUUAAACAAACAAAACGGCCGCGCGCAGUGGUAGGAAGAAGGGUGGAGUACUGAUGUACAUGACUGGGGUUAACGAGUUUUUUGUGAUAAUUUACUCUCUUAUCUAGGAUGCAUUAUUAGUGCGCUGGUCACACAUAAAUUGGUUAAAACGCUCGUGUCUAUUUAUAUCCGCGGAGACUUGUGUCCUUUCCCCCGGCGCUGGGACGAGCUGAGGUUUGAGUCGUCAACGAGUACGUUCACGCCUGAAAUGCAUCUCCUUGGCUUUUUGGUGCUCAUGUUAUGCGAGUUAUCACUGGGGCUUCCUGUUCCAGUAGAUACUAUCCUAGUGCAGGUCCAGCAGCGGGGAGUGGUGGGUGCUCAGCAGGUGGUGGAGCAGGUGCUUUUCAAUGGGGUCUCUCUUCCUGGCAAAAGCCACAUAAUCCAAACCAUUUCAGCUGAUUCACUCCUUCCAACUCUUCUUAGAUUCAACCAGACUUCCGUCAUGAGAGAUCACACUGUCCUCCGUUCUCGUGAAUGCAUCCUGGAGGGGUCUCUGCUGCACUGGGCCGACCGUGUGUUCUAUGACGGCGAGGUCUAUCUGACUCUGGACCACAGCGACGGGUGGAUCGCCCACGUACCAGAAGCGCUGGCUUUCAAAGUGGCGUGGGACCAGGAGGAGCAGCGCACAAAGAGAGAGAGGACCCACCUUCAAGAGGGCUGCAUCAAGCUAAUGAGGGAGCUGAUGCUUUCAGAGGAGCAGUCGGUUCCAGGGAUUUCUUCGCCUCAGUUUCUGAUCCCAAUCUCGGCAUUCUUGGCAUUUACAGGACUGCUCAUAAUCACCCUUAUCCUCACCAAAAAGAAAGGUUCCGGGCACCCCGGAGGUGUUAUUGGCUCCAUUAUACACUACCCCAAAGACAUGACUGAAACAGCUGCAGAAAUCAACGGUUACAGGAGCUUGGAGUUCAAAGCUGAUAAACGGUGUCCCGUUUGAGCUUCCUAUUCCUUUUCUCCUGUCAACUUACUGAUAAGCACCAGCACGUCCUAUUGGCAGUGUUUCUCCAUGAGUGUAACCAAACUUUUGCUGCAGCACCAACAGCCACCGUAUGUACCAUGUUGGGUCUGGAUUCCAGAUUGCAUUUUGUUAUGCACUUUAAUGCAUAUAUCACAUUGCAUUACUUUUAAUUAGGUAAUUUUAACCAAUAAAUGUUCAGUGCCUGCAGCAUUGUAAAAGAUUUUUAUUGCACAACUAAUAACCUAAAGGGCACUUGGAUAAUAUUUUCUUGGAUUAUUCCAACAAACGUGUGUGGAAACAUAAAUAAAAUGUUCUAUUUCCAGAGUGUACAGUAUCUAUGCACAUUGAGAUGAAAAAAGUCACAUGUAUCUUACAGUCUGUAGAUAAAGACCUGCUGAAAGUAGGGGUUUCUUUUUCUUCCACUUCACAGAUGGACAAAUUACUCUAAACUCUGCUGGACACCGAUCACACGACAGUGUCCAGUUAUCCAAAGAGUUGGACUGCACUGUUUUUUGGUUUGAGAUGCCAUCCUUAGGACUCUCGUAUAUAUAUAUCUAUGUGGUACUGUCCAGAUGUUUUACGCAUGUGUCAUUUUAAUAUGUAUGAUUAAAGAUCCUUUUAUUGUUGCUUAAUUUAUACUGUCAGAUACAGCUUUUGACUGUUGGGUGACCCUUAUGCUGAUUUAAUCCUGAGUGAACUUUUUCCCACUUUUAUUUGCAAAUGAUUAUGGAAUAGUUUGGGCCUCAUUCUCGCACACAUCUAAUUACUAUUAAUGUUAAAAAUGAAUCCCUUAAUAAAAACGGUAACAUUAUUUUCUGCCUCAUAUAGUACUUUUGAGAAGGUGGGGUGGCUGUUUCUUUGACUUGGUCAACUGUCAAACAAAAAUCUGCUUGGCUGACUCAUCUUUUACAUCACCUAUACACAAACUUUUGUACAAGUGUAAAUAUUUUUAUGCAUUGUGACAAAAACCUGAACAUUGGCCCAAAGGCCGUAUGGGUAUGUAAAUUCUCAAAUGGCCCUUUUGACUUCUAGAGUAGAAUAUUUACUUUACACCUCAUCAAUGAUCAGACUUUGACUAACAAGUCAGUUUGGUGGUGUAAUAAUUGUUCAACAUUUGGUAAUCAUUUCCAUCAUUUUUGUUCCCAAACUCCAGAAAAUACAGUCAAACAUGAAUAAACGUACUGCAUGUAAGUUUCAAUAACAUCGUUUUAACU